UCCUCAUCAGCUCAUCUCUUUCUAUCUCUGCUAGCUUCUUCUGUAUCUUUCAGAAUCUUCUCUCUUUUCUUUCUCUCUGUAAUCAAGUGGCACCCAACUACCCAUUGAUCAAUCUUUGUUUCUAUAAUCAAAUGGAACCCAACUAUGAUCUUCUUUCAUCAAAUGGUACCCAACUACGAUCUUCUUUACACUUCCGAUCUUUUUUUAUGUAAUCAAGUGGUGCCAGACUAUUCUUCCCUAAUUAUUGAUCUAAUCAGAGCCCAGAUCAAUUAAAAUCUGCUUGAUUCUCAACUUUAUGUUCUACGCCUUCGCGAUAAGUUCUAAGGGUUGUGAAUCUAAGGUUUCUUAUGUAGGAAUGUAAAACUGUUGUGUAUGAAGUGUUGGUGGGGAAAUAGGUGACUGAUGAGAUUGGUGGCGAGGGGGAUUGAGAAAGAUUGGAAAGGAAUUAGAGGAAGGUGUCUUGGAUUGAAUCUGAAGCUGCCACGGAAGCAUGGAGAAGAAGGAAGGAGACAAUUGCGAAAGUUGCAGAAGUAGUUUGGGUUUUCAUGGCUAUUUGGGAGCUGGGUUUCGUCAUUGACUUGUCUUCAGCGGACUUCAAAUGGAUGAAAGUUCUUUGAGUUCAUAGCACUAUAUAUACGUGAGCUCAGAGCGGUUCACAUAUUUAUCCAGAGGAAAUGAAUAUGGAGGCCUUUCAUGUAAAACUGUUUUCCCUACUUUUCAUCCUUCUCAACUCAGUUUGGUCGACAACUUCAACAUCAAAUUCUGAAAGCUUUGUUCAAUGCUUUUCCUCCCACAUACAGAACUCCAGUAGUGAAAUCAUUCUCACCAGAACUAGUUCUGCUUAUCCCUCAGUCUUAGAUUUUUCCAUACACAACUUCAGAUUCUUGAACAAUUCCACACCAACACCAGAGGCCAUCAUUACUCCUUUUGAUGAAUCUCAGGUUCAAGCAGCUGUAAUUUGCUCCAAGAAAAGUGGCAUACAAAUAAGAAUCCGAAGCGGGGGGCAUGAUUACGAGGGCCUAUCUUAUGUAUCCAGAGCUCCUUUCAUCAUCAUUGAUCUUUUCAAUCUAAGUUCCAUCGAUGUUGAUAUAAAGAAUGAGAGUGCUUGGGUCAAAUCAGGCGCUACUCUCGGAGAGUUGUAUUACAACAUCGCACAGAAGAGUAAAGUCUAUGGCUUUCCAGCAGGGACUUGUCCCACCGUCGGUGUUGGGGGACACAUCAGUGGGGGUGGAUUUGGAGCCAUGGCCAGAAAAUAUGGUCUAGCAUCCGACAAUGUCAUUGAUGCUAGAAUUGUAGAUGUUAACGGCAGAAUUCUAGACAGAAAGUCCAUGGGAGAAGAGCUCUUUUGGGCUAUCAGAGGAGGAGGAGGAUCAAGCUUUGGAGUCAUUCUAGCAUGGAAGCUUAGACUGGUUCCUGUUCCCCCAACUGUAACAGUUUGCGACGUUACAAAGACAAAAGAACAAGGUGCAACCAAACUUCUUUUGAAAUGGCAAAACAUUGCAGACACGCUUCCUGAAGACCUUUACCUACAUUCAAUUGUAGGAAGUAGUAACAACACUAUAACAAUUGCAUUCGGUUCCUUGUUUCUUGGGAGGGUCGACAAAGCUGUCCAGGUGAUACAGGAAAACUUCCCAGAGUUGAGUUUAGAAAGCAGCCAUUGCAGUGAGAUGAGUUGGAUUCAGUCUGUUUUGAACUCUUCUGGUUACUCAAUUCACGAAUCCUUAGAGAUUUUGCUGAACCGCCGGCAACUCAGCUACUACUACUUCUUCAAAGCAAAAUCAGACUUUGUGACUGAACCCAUCUCAGAAGCUGGCUUGGAAGGCUUAUGGCACAUACUGCUUGAAGCAAACACAUCCUAUAUGAUAUUGACACCAUAUGGAGGAAAAAUGAGUGAGAUUUCCGAUUCAGAAACUGCUUUCCCACAUCGAAAAGGAAACAAAUAUGAAAUCCAGUAUAUGGUUACUUGGGGUGAUGGCAAGGACACCAAGAAGUAUGUUGGAUUUAUGAGAAGGUUGUAUGCAUACAUGACACCAUAUGUUUCAAAGUCUCCUAGAGCUGCCUAUUUGAAUUAUAGGGAUCUUGAUUUGGGGAGGAACAGUUAUGGCAAUACAAGCUAUGCACAAGCAAGCAUUUGGGGUUUGAAGUACUUCAAGAACAACUUUAGGAGACUUGUUCAUGUUAAGACCUUGGUUGAUCCUGGCAACUUCUUUAGGAAUGAGCAAAGCAUCCCUGUGUUUUCGUCAGGCUUGGCUUCCAGGACAGACAAUAAAUACUUAAAUAGAUGGGUUGAACUUUAGUUUCUCAUUCAAUGUUACUAAUAAAGAAUAAUAAAGCCCAUUGUUACCAUUCUCGAGUUCUGAAGGCCUGAAAAAUGAAUCAAUUUGGCAAUUGGCAAAGAUCUUAGUACUGUAAUUUGUUGUUCCAUCCAUUAUGUAUUUAUUUUCAUGUAAAGAGAACUGAGGGGAACCUCAAGAUCAAUGUAUUGUAUGCAUUUUUAUUUUGAAAUCAUGGUGUAUU